UAAGUAGCCAAAAAUGAGUCGUGGAUUUUCAGAAAACAAUAACUUUCUGUAUGACAACAAUCAAAUGGUUUUGGAUAUGAUCCUGUGUUCCCUAAUUGGUGUUCCUCAGCCCAUCAACUGGGACAGCGUGGCAAGGCUAGUUCCAGGAUAUACAUCCAAAGAGUGUGCAAAAAGGUUUGAUGAGCUAAAAAGCAGUGGAAGUUCACCUGUUGACAACCAGUAUAAUCCCCUGAUGGCCGCUGGUGGGAGUCCUGUGGAAACUUUAGCCACGUACAUCAAAUCCUCCUUGCUCGAUACACAGACAGAGUUUCAGGAGCCUGCUAUUGGGCAGGAUUCCAUUACUAUAACUGGAAGGCCCAGCACAACCUCCACAAGGAAUUGUUCUUCAGAAUCGGAGAAUGGUCCUGUGAAUAAAGGUGGAGAAAGCACUGACGAAAGCCAGGGGCCAAAUAUGGUGAUCCACGUGUGUGAUGAAGCUAAAAACCUCAAAGAAGAUUUUGUUUGUCCUCGAGACCUUUUGAUUUCGGAAAUGAAAUACUUUGCUGAAUAUCUGUCAGUGGAUGCCCAGCGCUGGGAAGAGGUGGACAUUUCAGUGCACUGUGAUGUUCACAUCUUUGACUGGUUGAUAAGAUAUGUUAAAAGGAACACUAAAGAAUUUGAAGCUACUGAAAUGCCCACUUUAGAACCAUCAAAUGUCAUAUCAAUUCUUAUUUCUUCUGAGUUUUUGAAGAUGGAUUCAUUAGUAGAAAAAUGCAUUCAUUAUUGUCACAAAAAUAUGAACGCCAUUGUAGCUACACCAUGUAACAUGAAUUGUAUCAAUGCUAAUCUUGUCACGCACAUUGCUGAUCUCUUCACGCACAACGAAGUGGAAGAGUUGAAGGACAAAAGGGACAAAUUUAAGAGUAAACUUUUCUGCAAGAAGAUUGAGAGACUGUUUGAUCCAGAGUACCUAAAUCCAGACUCUCGAGGAAGUGCAGCAACAUUAUACAGGUGUUGUUUAUGUAAAAAGAUGCUAACUAAAGAAACUGAACGAAGAAUUCCUUGUGUACCAGGAAAAAUCAACAUAGAUCAACAUGGGAAUAUUGUCUAUGUUCAUAUAAGAGACAAAACCUGGGAAGUCCACGAGUACUUAAUUGGCCUUCAUGAGGAAUUGAAAUCUUGGCGGGAUGUUUAUUGGCGUCUUUGGGGGACUGUCAAUUGGUUGAGCUGCUCAAGAUGUAACCAAUCUUUCCUGUGUACUGAAUUCUCCCACUGCCAGUACCAUUCGCAGCCGGUUCUUUACCCAGGUGUAGCAAGUGCGCUGGGCUCGACUGGGACAGGAGUAUAUCCCUGCUGUAACCAAAAAGUACUUCGAUUUGAUCCUACAACCCUCCCAAAGGGCUGCAAAGUGAGGGAUCACAUGGUUGAUUUACCUUCAGGAAAUGAAGAUGGGGAUGCUUUGCCAUCUCAGACUACUAAAAUAUUGAAUGAUCUGCUCCAUCAUAGAGAUGUUAUCGUUGUUCCUUUCACUAAGGAUGAGAAUAGUGAUUCUGGUAUUGGGCUCUGUGAUGAAAAAGGCAUUGAAUGUGAUGUCCUUGUAGAACCAAAUACGCCGUGGGGUCCCAAAACUGGAGAAAUUAAUGCUUUUCUUUCUCUGAAGAACUGGACUUUACAGCUGAAACAGCAGUCAUUGUUAUCUGAAGAGGAGGAGUAUACCACUGGCUCGGAGGUCACUGAGGAUGAAGUGGGGGAUGAAGAAGAAGUAUGCAGGAAACCAGGGAGAAAGGAGAAAUCAAAGAAAUCCUACAAGCACCCAAAGAAAGUGGUUUCUUCACCUAGUGUUCAGAAAAAGGAGAAGCCCUCUGACAAGUCAAGUUCCCGAGAUGCAUCUCCAUUCAUUGUGAGUAUGCAGCAGAACAAAUGGGAUGCCUCCAGGUCACUAAGAUUCAACCAAGAUGCUCAAAGAGAAGAUGAUCAGAGAAGAAUGUCUGAGAUUACAGGGCACUUAAUAAAAAUGAGACUGGGAGACCUUGAUCGAGUCAAGUCAAAAGACAGCAAAGAAUAUGCGGGAGGCAUUUAUUCUAGACUUGAAGCUCAGAUAAAGGCCUCGGCGCAGGUCAGUGCACGACAAAACAAUGCUGAGAAGAAUGCCAGGUCAAAAUCCCGUUUUGGUCAAGGCCGUCCAACAUAA